ACACCUACAGCACCAUGGCGAGUUCAGAAACAGGAACGGAAUUCUUCGACUCCAUCGACCUGCCCCUCCCCGCGGACGAAGCAGUAGUGCCCGACUCUGGAAGAGGGCUGAUCAGCGUGAUAGGUGACCUGAUGGGGCCCAGUUUCAGCAAUAUCGGCGACCUCCUCCGGGUUCCCUACGGCUGCGGAGAACAGAACAUGAUCAACUUUGCCCCGAACGUGUUCAUCAUGAGAUACCUGAAGGCCACUAAUCAGCUGACAGAGGAGAUAUCGGCCACCAUAGACAAGUACCUCGGAAGUGGCUACCAACGGGAGCUGAACUACAGGCGAGAAGAUGGAUCCUUCAGCGCAUUCGGCAACUCCGACAGCAGCGGCAGCACGUGGCUCACGGCCUUCGUCGUCAAGUCCUUCACCGAGGCCCAGCCUUUCCUGGAGAUCGACGAGAACGUUCUCAGAAGGGCGAGGCAAUGGCUGAAGGACAAGCAGACACGUGAGACGGGCUGCUUCACUGAAGUUGGACGUAUCAUACAUUCAUCCAUGAGAGGAGGUGUUGACGGCGCCAACAGUGACGUGACGCUGACGGCGUUUGUUAUGGGUGCUCUCAUCUCUGGCGGCACACCCAAAAGUGACCCUGCGAUCCUGAACGCCAUCAAGUGCAUCAAUGCAAAGCCCAUCACCGACGUCUACACCAUGGCCGCUGCUGCCUACGCCACGUCGCUCCAGGACGCAAACAGUCGCGUGCACGUCAACCUACAGAGAGGCCUUCACACCAAGGCUGUCGUUAAUGGUUCCUUGAUGCACUGGGAGACGAGGAAGGACGCCAACCGACAGCGGAGCUACUACUACCGCGCUUCCGCGCUGAACGUGGAGACGACGGCCUACGCCCUGCUGGCCUACCUGGAGGAGGACGACCUGGAGUCCAGCCUGAAGAUCGUCAAGUGGCUGCAGAAACAGAGGAACCCUCAGGGAGGAUUCGCCUCCACUCAGGACACCGUUGUAGCGCUGGACGCACUGUCGAAGUUUGCGACAUCAACUAGUUCUGGGGAUAAAAUCAAGUUGUCACUGACCGUGGAAGGGGAGGAUGUUCACAAGAACUUCAUCGUGUCAGGGUCCAACAGCAUGGUGAUGCAGACAGAGCCGCUGAAGGUGCCCAAUGAGAUCACUUUGAGUGGUACCGGCGCCGGGUGUGCUUUGUUCCAGGCCACAGUUCGCUACAACACCUACGACCUUGACAAGGUGGACCUCCCCUUCACCCUGAACGUCACAGUGCAGCCUCCAGACCCAGUGAAACCAGACUGCGGUCGCAGGACAAUCAACAUAUGCACAGCGUUCGUGAAAGGAGGGCGUUCGGGAAUGGCGAUUGUCAACGCCAAGAUGGUGACCGGGUGGCUGGUGGCCACGGACUCAUUGGAGAGAUUGAAGGAGGACCCGUUUCUCCAGCUGAAGAGAUACGAAGUGGACAGCAAAAGACCGGACAGUGUUCAUUUCUACUUUGAUGAGCUGACCGAGCAAACACGAUGCUUCGACUUUGACGUCACCCAGGAGAUCAAAGUGGAUAACACAAAGGAGGCCGUCGUCCAGGUGUAUGAUUAUUAUGACACAGAGCUUGUGACAAAGGUGUUCUACAAUAUCAAGAAUGAUUGCAAACCCAAGGUAAAGAAUUCUACAAGAACACCUUCAGGGACGACCACAACAACAUCGGCGCCAAAGACAUCUUCAACAGUCAGCAUGGGUGUGGGGACGACUGGGGUGGUGGUUGAGAAGCUUGAUGAUGAGGACGAGGAUGAGGAGGGAACCGGCGUACUUAGCAGUAUCGACCCUGCGUGGAUAGCUGCCGGAUUCAAGAUUCGACACAACAGUAUUCCCGUUAUCAACAACUAUAAAAAAUCCACUAUCAUCGAUUUCUCAAUAAAAGAUUCAGAUGUUGAUCACAAAGAUGUUUUACCGAUGGAGGUCAAGGCUGCACCAGGGUCAACAGUGAGUUUGCCCUGUGAUCUGGGAGCCGAAUACACACACAGUCCAGAUCGAAGCUAUUCGAUUGCAUGGGUCGCCGAGCCGACGGAAGAAGUACUGACCCUUCACAGACAAAUCGUGGUUGACGUGGCACGUUACAGUGUCAUGGAAAACUACAGCUUGAUAGUUACAGACACCAGCGUGGAGGAUUCUGGGAAGUACAGAUGCCAGGUCAACACCAACCCUGUGCAGAUGUCCUUCGUCAACCUCGUUGUCCAAGAGCCCCCUGUAAUCGUGGCUUCUUCUAACGACACUUCUGCUGCCAUGGGAGAGGAGGUCACACUGUUCUGCAACGUCACCGGAAGUCCAGAAACUAAGAUGACGUGGUAUCGGUCCGUGGGGAAAAACAACCGAUCAAGAGUGGGGAAGGGGAGGCAGCUGGUCAUCAAGUCCGCCCAGGCGUCCGCUACCUACCAGUGUGUGGCCAGUAAUGGAGUCCCACCUGGCGCCUCUACUGAGAUACAGCUCAUAGUCAAGACUACUACACCCAUGCCAGCAUCGACAACCAAAGAGCCAGCGACACCGUCUACGGGAGCCUGUCCUUUGUGCCAAGUCCUGUCGGAGAAACAGGCUACCUUCGCCUACUGCCAGGCUACCGCAGCUUACAAGGUGCUGGGCAUUAGAGUAAGGAAGUCAAGGGUCAAGGUCAAGAUACUAGGUGACUUCCGGUCGGUGAAACGGGUAAGGACCCGGCGUGCUUUGCGACUGGUGAUAGACAGAAAAUGUUCGUGUGACCUGAUCACCAAACUGAAACCCCGAACUAUGCUGGCACUGUUCAUGAUGAAAAAAGUUGAUCUCAGUUCCAAACCUCGAGAGAUUAUCAUUGGACCCGAGACUACGGCGGUUCUGUUGCCGAAAGCUCUGGAAAGAAAGUUAAUUAAGAGCAGAUCCAGCUGCACAAAGCUACAGGAACUGUAAACCAGCGGUCAACGCAGAGAGGAAGCUAUCUCAAGUGCCUGAUGGAGGCCUGCACGGAUAAACACCUAUCCCACUAUGAGCGCAAUAUUCGAAGAAUGCUAUACAUACUUACAGCAGUAUAUAUGUCACUUUCAAACCGUUCCUGACGUGUUUGGUUCCUCUAACACACGGACAUCGCUGUUUAAGUAUUGUUAUUUAUCAUUAUCUCACCAGGAAAUAUAGCAGGCACCUGUCAAAAUCUGUCCAAAUUAUGUUUUGUGGUGUUUCCCCUUUUCAGUAAAUAUGAAUUAUAAAAUAAUAUAUCAGUAUUGACCAUGUUUGUCUUGAAAUCCUGUCUUCCUGACACAACGUACAUAUGUCAUUGGUUCCUAAGCAUGAAUACCCAACUGGGUACUGGUGUUAAAACUGACAAUUUUACUGGGAACUGUUGUCAGGAUUACCUCCUUCAUCUUGAUGGUGGUGUUUUUUGUCCCGAAUUAAUGAUCUGUUUUGUUUGCCAAGUGUUUUGUUAUAUCCCACUUUGCCUGUACUCCUAAGUUGUGGAACUAUCAAACCAACACUACUCUCAGUGUAUAUAGCCUUGUAAUCCCACCUGCUGCCGGCCCUGACUUGUUAUACGUCAUAACGACUGCAAUUAUCACAUACGCUUGUUUUGUUAUCCGUCAUAACGACUGCCAUUUAUCACAUACGCUUGUUUUGUUGUCCAUAAUAAUCACACCAAUAAAUAAUGAAUUAC